UGAAUGCAAAUACUUAACGCACAUCUCAACUGUUCUCGACAUUUAAAAGUACUUUUUAAAGCAGGUUUAAACCUUUUAGGAAAUUAAUAUAAUCUACUCGCUCCCGAAGUGAGCGCCCAUACAUGAGUUUACGGUGCCCUCAUGUGGACGGAACAAACACUUCAUUGUCCCAAAAAGCAUGUGAGAGCUGUGGGCCUGUGGAAUGUCAGUGUCAUCAGACCAUACAGAGCAGAGGUGGAAAUUCUAGGUUUAGAAAAUUAAAGUCCUCCACAAUAUUUUGUUCCAGUCACCUGGAUUUGCUAAUUAGCACGGUUUUUCAGCCAGGAGGUAGAACUAAUUAGUGAACAGUUGGCUGAGUUCAUGAGUGGAAUAAACAUAUGGCAGGACUUCUACUUUCUGACCCCUGGGAUUUCCAUCUCUGAUUCAAAGCUAACAUGUGAUUUCUUUUCAUGAGAGUUGCAUUUCUGUUUCGAGUGGGUUUAACCGGUUGUUAACAUACAAUUGUUUUGAAUCCUUGGAUCUCUGUCGCUACGGGCGGAGCAAGAAAAAAUAGAAAAGAAAACGAAACUUAAACCUCCGUCCGGAGCAAAAACAAAAGAUUCCUCUCUUGGUUUCUCACCUCAGUUCGGCAAGUGUCAAUACCUCAACUUUCCAUCUGCAGACUACUCUGAAAAACGAUGGACACCAGGGAACAACUACAGGAGCUCCUGUCAGAGUAUGUAGAGGAGACACUCAUCUGCAUUUCCACAGUGAGGGACUUCUGUGACAAACAACAAAAAUGGACCCUUCAGAGAGAGACAGAGCUGGAUAACAUCAGAGACAUCAAGGACAGAGCAGACCAAGUCAGUCUUAAGUUUGACCACGUUAAGCGCUCUGAGAACAAAGCCAAGGCUUUUGGGGAAUUCCUGUGGAAUGGUUUAACUCAAGUCACAGCUGACUCCAGAUAUCAGGAGCUGGAGAAGGAACUGGGCGCUGUCCUGAAGGACACACUUGAGGGGCUGGAGAAACUUCACCACUUUCUGGAUGCAGUGGAGAAGCUCACAGUCACCUCACUGUUUGUCUUCACUGGACGGAGCUUCUUGCCAAAAGGACAGAGUCCUGAAAGUGUGCGAUCGGUCAUCACAGCCGCCAGAAUGGCUUCUCCUCUCCUCAUCCACUUUAAACGAAAUGCAGAAACCUUCUUCCUUCCUUCACUUAAUAACCUGGACGUCCUGGCCUUUCAACUAGACAAAUAUAUGCGUAUCACUGAACAGAUCUGUCUGAAGAUGGAGAAGAAAUCUAAGAGUGUUUUCUGGUCUGACGAUAUCCAUAGUUUGAAGAAGGGUGAGCCUGUAGUGAAGUUCAACUUAACCUUAAGUGAGGACUCCAUGCAAAAAAUGCUUAAUCAUUUGAAGCAGUUAUGCAAAAUAAGGAUGGAUCUGCACACCAGGCUGACCUUCAUUUUUCAGGAACACGCUCUGCACUUCAUUGGUGUGUUCAGUCAGCGCCGCUCUAGAAUGGAGCAGUUCCUGACAGAUCUGGAGGAGAGUGCAGUUCAGCUGGACAGGAUGAAGAUGGGGGCUAGUAUCUCCACUGUGACUGGCAGUUCAGUUGGGAUAGCAGGUGGUGUCUUGUCCAUCGUUGGUCUUGCUCUUGCCCCCGUCACUGCAGGAGUGUCACUGGCUCUGACACUGACCGGUGUUGGUCUGGGGGUGACCAGUGGUGUCAAUAGUCUCGUCACAGGCAUCACUGAGGCAGCGGUCAACACCCACCAUGGGAAAAAUGCACAGAACAUUUUCCAGAGAUACAUGGAUGAUGUGGGGAAGAUUCUAGACUGUCUGGAGCAGGCCAGUAAUGAGGUGCGUUUAGAGGGACUUGAUGUUGUAGAUAUGAUGAUUGGAGCAGGAAGGUUGAUAGCUCGUGCUGGAGGAGUGGCCAAAAGUAUUGAUGUCCUGGUAGAUGCAGCCUCAGCUGUUAAAGUUCUCAAAAGUGAGGAGGUGAUUGCAACUGCAGCGAAGGUCGGGCUCCAGGAGGCACAAAGUGCACGCAGCAUUCCCAAACUCGCUGCAGACCUCCCUGACAUUGGGCAGCUGGCAAAAGGGACGCCACUAGCGCUCUCGAAGUCUGCUAGAGCUGGAUUCAUCACUCUAAAUGCCCUCUUUAUUGGGAUAGAUGUCCUAUUUAUUUGCAAAGAUAGUAUAAGUCUGGCCAAAGGGAGCAAGAGUGAGGCUUCUCAGCUCAUCCGCUCCAGAGCAGCUCUGUGGAAAUCUGAGCUGGAGGCCUGGCAGAAGAUCCAUGAUUCCUUAUGCAUAGGAGUAUGGAGGUUUAGGAAGAGCCAGGAAGUGUUGGAGCAACUGUUUCUGCCUUAAAUUAGUUUGAGUAAUUUGCUACUAAAUUACUUUUCAAGAUUCAAGAAGAGUUGAGAUGAACAAGAAAUAUUUGUAUUUAACAGAAUGAAUGCAACCAUUACAGUUAGAUAUUCUGUCCUGUAACACUAACCAAUUAUCAAAACUUGUCAUUUCAAGCUGUCUGACUGACUUGUUAUUAAUUCUUGUUAGUAAAAUGUAAGCUUUACAUAGAUCUGCUCAAUGUAUAGCACAUAGUAAAUUCAUGUUUAAAAUCAUAACUUAAAAAAAAAGUCAUACUGGUCUAAGCGACGUCCAAGUUUAAAAAUCUGUUUAUUCUAUACAUUUGUACAUGUUUUACAUGUCAAAAAAACGUUUGUAUAUAAUUAAAAAAAUUAUUGCAA